CUGGGCUGAGCGGCGCGCCCUCGGCGCUCGGCAUCCGCGGGCACCGCCGCCGGGCCGUCUGGCCGCCAGCCCCAGCCCCGCGGACUCGAGCGGCGCGGCCGGCCGCUCCUGGGAUCCCUGGCAGGUCUGCUCUGCAGCCCCCAAGGGACCUGGUACCGUGAGCACGUAGGGACGCCAGGCGUGCAGUGCGGGAGGUGUCGGCGCAGAACAUGCCUCCAUCACCCACUGUUUCUCCUGCCGGAGGCCACACCCACCUGUGCCCAUGGCCAGCACGGGUCCUUCGCUCUCUGGCGCCUUCGACAUUCUAGGCGCAGCAGGCCAGGACAAGCUCCUGUAUCUUAAGCACAAGCUGAAAACUCUGCGGCCAGGCUGCCGCGGGGCAGACCUCCUGCAUGCCAUGGUGCUUCUGAAGCUAGGCCAGGAGACUGAGGCCAGGAUCUCCCUGGAGGCCCUGAAGGCCGACGCAGUGGCCCAGCUGGUGGCCCGCCAGUGGGAUGGUGUGGACAUCACCAAAGCCCCAGAGGAGCCCCCAGACACGUCCUGGGCUGUUGCCCGGAUGUACCACCACCUCGCCGAGGAGCAGCUGUGUCCGGCCCCUAUGCGGGAGGAGGCCUACCUGGCAGCCCUCCGAGCUUUCAGCGCCAGGGACGACCACCGCCUGGGGGAGCUCCAGGAAGAAGCCCGGGACCGGUGCGGGUGGGACGUCCUUAGGGACCUGGGGAGCGUCCAGGCUCUCCGCGCUGAUGUGGGCUGCCUCCUGCGGUCCUCAGCGUCGUCCUCCGGGACCCGCAGCAAUCCACAGCCCAUUGAGGAUCUUUCAGGCUGGAGCCGAGGGCAUUCCCUGAGAUCCACCGGCAGCCCGGCCUCCCUGGCCAGCAACUUGGAAAUUAGCCAGUCGCCCACCAUGGCCCUCCUCAGUUUGCACCACGGCCCACAUGGGCCCAGCAAGCUGUGUGAUGAGCCUCAGCCCAGCCUGGUGCCCAAGCCUGCCCCUGUGGGCUGCCAGGAGCCCGAGGAGAUGAGCUGGCCUCCAUCAGUGGAGGCUGCCAGCUCCCCAGUGCGGCCAAACAGCCCGGCCCCCAGGCUUCCCGAGGUGGCUGAAGACGCAUGCCCUGCCAGCCUGCACGACUCCCCUGAAGCUCCGGAAACCAGCACCCACUACCCAGUGGAGUGCACGGAAGAGCUCGAAGCCCAAGCCCCCACAUCUCUCCCCUCGCCCUCCAGAAGCGACCCUAUCACAGACCAGACGCCACUCCAGCUUCCAGAAGACACCACUUACCCCACGGCCCAGCCAUGCCCACCAACUCCACCUGCCCCCAAAGCCUCCCCUCCCUUUCCUUCCUCAUCGACCCCUCCUUCGGCUCACGAGACCGUCUCGAGCCCAGGUCCCCCUCCUCCCGAGCUGGAGUCGUUGGAGCAGAAGUUCUAUAACUUUGUGGUGCUGCACGCAGGCGCGGACGAGCACAUCGCGCUCCGCGUGCGUGAGAGGCUGGAGGCCCUGGGCGUGCAGGACGGGGCCACCUUCUGCGAGGACUUCCAGGUGCCCGGGCGUGGAGAGCUACGCUGCCUGCAGGAUGCCUUAGACCACUCAGCCUUUACCAUCCUGCUGCUCACCCCCAACUUCGACUGCCGCCUGAGCCAGCACCAGGCGAACCAGUCUCUGAUGAGCAGCCUCACGCGGCACGGGUGGCAGGACUGCGUGAUCCCCUUCCUGCCCCUGGAGAGCUCCCUGGCCCAGCUCAGCCCCAGCACGUCCAGCCUGCUCUCCGGCCUGGUGUGGCUGGAUGAGCGCUCCCAGAUCUUCUCCAGGAAGGUGGCCAACACCUUCAAGCCCCAGAAGCUGCGGGCCCGCAAGGCCAAGUGGAAGAAGGAACAGGAUGUCCGGGCCCUGAGGGAGCAGAGCCAACACCUGGAGGGUGAGCGGCAGCAGGCCUCAGUGUGGAGUGCUGCGUACUCAUCCUAUGUCCAUAGCUACCUGUCCUACCAGAUGCAGAUGGAGAAGCUCCAGGUAGCUUUCAGGAACUACAUGCCGUUUGGGACUCAGCUGCCCUCUGGGGCUCAGGUGCCCUUUGGUGGACAGGGACCCCUGGGAGUCCCACCACCCUUUCCCACCUGGCCUGGCCAUCAGCCGCCGCCCCUGCCUCCGUGGCUGUCAGGCACUCCUCCACCAGCCUUCCCGCAACCCCCAGCCUUCUUACAGCCCCCAGCUUUCCCCCAGCCCCCGGCCUUCUCACAGUCCUCAGGUUGCCCCCAGCCUCCAGCCUUCCCGCCGCCCCCGGACUUCCCACAGGCUUCCCCUGUGCACCCUCAGAGCCCUGGGCUGCAACCUCUCAUCAUCCACCAUGCACAAAUGGUACAACUAGGGCUCAAUAACCACAUGUGGAACCAGAGAGGGACCCAGGCACCUGAGGACACGACACCGGAAACGGAGUGACCAAGUGACUGGGCCUGAUGCCCUCGGCCAUGUUCCCUCCCCACCCCCCUCUCCAGGGGAGGGCACUGGAACACGGGGUCAUCUACUUUAAGGUUACUGCCGGGGAGACCUUCUGAUCUCAGGAAAUAGUGCAAAACGGGCCCCUUGACUUUCUGGCCCUUGAGAUGGCCAGAAUUGGAUGUGGGUUUACAAGUUGUCUUUCUCUCUCUCUGGUUGGUGGUGAUGGGGAACGGGCUGAGGUGUAUUGGUUCUGUGUUUUAACUGUAAUAAAUAUUUAUUGAAUGCCUCAACA